CCUCCUGCCAGCAUCGCCUCCCUCUCUGUUGCUCCUUCAGUCUCCCUGCAGCUCCCGGAGGAACAACAUGAUGCAGGUCGUCCUGUUCUGCUGCGCCGUCUUUUCUCUGCAACUUUGGCUCUGCGCUGACUCUGCGCCGGUGUUUGAGGGCAGGACUGCCCAGCAGCUGCAGAUCACUGAAGCUGUGAAGCACGGCGGUGGCAGCAUCAUGCUGAGGUUCUCCUUCAGUCCAGUGGUUCUGGGAUGGCCUAACAGCAACAGCCAUGUUGUUCUAAAGAAGAGGGGUCGACACAGGCAGCACACUCUGGACCAAGAACCCCAUUUAAAGUCUGUUCUCGGGUCCAGAAAUGAGACGGAGCUCUGGAACCGUCCUCGCUGUGGAGUCCCAGACUAUCCCAGAGUAACGCCGCUCAACGGGUCACACCACAGCCUGAAGACGAGCAGAAAGCAGCGCGGGAAAAGGUUUGCUCUGUUUGGAGGACGCUGGGACAAAACCGACCUCACUUACAGGAUUGUUCGUUUUCCCUGGCAGAUGGCUGAGGACAAAGCUCGGCACAUUUUGGCGGAGGCCUUCGGGGUUUGGAGCGCCGUCACUCCUCUGACGUUCAGAGAAGUUGUUCAUGAGAGAGCGGACAUCAUCAUCGACUUUACCAGAUACUGGCAUGGUGAUGACUUACCAUUCGACGGUCCUGGAGGAAUUCUGGCCCACGCUUAUUUCCCCCGUACGCUCAAAGAGGGAGAGGUCCACUUUGACUAUGAUGAAGACUGGACAGUUGGCAACAGUGUUGGUACCGACCUUCUCCAGGUGGCGGCCCAUGAGUUCGGCCAUGUUCUGGGCCUGCAGCACUCCUUGGAGCCCGACGCUGUCAUGUGUCCCUUCUACAGCGAUUCCUACCCGCUGAAGCUCAGUGAGGACGAUAAGAGGGGGAUCCAGUAUUUAUACGGACCCCCCCGCUACACGCCACCGGAAAUAACGGAGACCAACGAGAUCGAGACUGAACUGCCGGACGCCUGCAGAACAAGCUUCGAUGCCGUGUCCGUGAUCAGGGGAGAGCUCUUCUUCUUCAGGUCUCGUUACGUUUGGCGUAUCCGUGACGGGCGUCUACAAGCCGGCUAUCCGGCCUUGUCUUCACGCCACUGGAGCGGCAUUCCUGACUACAUCGAUGCAGCAUACGAAGAUAAGUCUGGAAACAUCUGGUUCUUCCAAGGCGACAGCUACUGGGUGUUUGAUGCUGAGAGGAAGAUAUCUGGACCGGUACCGGUGCAGCAGCUGGGUCUUCCUGUGACAGACAUCCAGGCGGCUCUGAGGUGGGAGGAGGACCACACGGAGAAGAUUUACCUCUUCAAAUCUUCCUUCUACUGGUCCUUCGACGUUCAGGAGAACCGAGUGAAGGAGCUCCACCCUCGCAGCAUGCAUGAGUGGGCAGGACUGCCGGGCCACAUCGACGCAGCCUUUCUGGACAGCUACGGUUACGCCAACUUCCUGAGUGGGCGGUACUACUGGAGGUUUGAUCCGGUGGCGCUGAAGGUGCUGGAAGGCUACCCUCGCAGAAUCGGGAUGGAUUUCUUCGGCUGCUCUGAAUCUGUAUAAACACGUAAAGUCAUUAGUUAGAAGAACCCGCUGAGUCGUGUUUCAUUAAGACGUAGAACCUUGACCAGGAUAAAACAGGAACAAGUCCAGUUGCUCAUGUACAGUCGGACCGAGCCUUUCAUUAGGAUCAGCUUGUUCUGAUCCACGUUGGGGGAACUGGUGUCGGCCGGACGGCUCCAGAUGUUCUCCAGAUGUUCUUGUUCUCCAGAUGUUCUUGGCCUUCUGUCAUCGUUGGACUGUAGCAGGACGUUCCGUCUUCAGUCCAUCUUUACACGGGUCCGGAUCAGAACCGGACAGAAAACCGUUCCCUGAGAGUCACAGCAGCAGCAGGCGGUUCUGUUGGAGGUUACAGCAGAACAUCAGACCCAACAUGGCGGCUCUGUCAUGGACUUAUAAUAGUUCUCAUUAUCUGCUGAAGUCCUCGUUCCUCACAGCUGUGGUUCUCAUCCAUAUUUUAUUCUCCUGAUAGAACAUCUGGUAAAGUUCUGAAGAAGAGACGUUCCUUUGAUUUCUCUGUGCUUCCUUUAUUUUAUAUUUAAGCUGAUUGAGUUUCUGAUCAGUGCAGGACGCUGAUGAUGGUUCUAAACCACAGACCCACUGCAGCUUUUACUCUCCUGGUUCUGUUACCGUUCUCUUUGAGUUCUUUUGACUGGCCCCAAACCCAGAGCACGACUGACGGAUCUCUACCGGGCCCGGUCCGGUUCUGCUUCUGGUCAACAGCCCAGGAAGAAGCGAGGCGUAUUUCAUUCAGGUCCAUUUUAAAAUUCUGUCAUCUUUGUUUUUUAAGAGUUGUUUAGCAGCAGGUCCAAAGUACGAGCCGGGCCAUUUCUGUGCUGGUUCUGUUCGGCCCAACCGGAGUACGGCAGGGACACAGGCUGAUGUGGAGCCAGGCCUAAAAACAGAAACCAGUCAUCUUCUGCCAAUUUAUAGUAAAUAUGAACUAAAA